CACUGACGCGCGUGAGACCAGGCACUGUGUGGAGGAUGAUGACCCGAAUGAUCGCCUACUACGUCGCCAGUACGAUGUUGGCUGCUUUCGUUGGCAUCAUCGUGGUCGCCAUCUUUUCCCCCGGCAAGCAGAUCCUGGAGACCGACGUCAGCAAGAUUGGCGUGUCUGGUCUCGACACGUUUUUGGACUUCGUUAGGAAUAUGUUUCCGGAGAACAUCGUCCAAGCCUGCUUCCAACUGCACCGAACAGUUCGCAUUGCCCAACCGCCGCGCUUUGUCCCGUUGGGCGUUAAUGCAAGCGAACUCGAGCCGGACAUCAUAAGAAAACUGCAGUACUCAGACGGCCUCAACAUCUUUGGUAUCAUUGUUUUCUGCUCCGCGUUCGGCUUGUUCGCCGGCUUCAUGGGUGAGACGACCGUCAUCAUGGUGGACUUCUUUUCCGUGCUGAACGUGCUCACUAUGAAGCUGGCUUACCUGGUCAUGUGGUACUUCCCUAUUGGCGUGGUCUUCCUGCUGAGUGCGUCCAUCGGUCGUGGAGAUGACCUGGGAGAGCAGGCCAUCAACGUCGGCGCGUACAUAGGCACCGUAAUGACGGGUCUGGCCAUCCACUCGCUCAUCGUGCUGCCCCUCAUCUACUACUCCUUCGUGCGCAAAAACCCGCUCGUGUUUGCCAAGAACCUGCUCCACGCAUUCGUCACAGCCUUCGGCACGUCGGACAGUGUGGCAACGCUCCCCGUGACAUUCAUGUGCCUCGAGCAGAACAACAAGCUUGACAGGCGCGUCACGAGGUUCGUGGCACCCAUCGCUUCGGCCUUCAACCUCGACGGUACCGCCCUCUACGCCGCCAUCGGCACCAUAUUUAUCGCCAACCUGAGUGGCAUCGAGUUGGACUUUGCGCACUACUUGGCCAUAUGCGUCGCAGCUGCCCUCACUAGCUUCGCAAACCGAGGGAUACCCAACGCGGGAGUCAUCACAAUGAUCCUUGUGCUGAAAGCUGGUGGCAUCGGCCCGUCUCACAUCGGGCUCCUCUUGGCCGUCGACUGGAUAAUGAACCGGUGCCGCACCUGUGUCAACGUCUUCAGCCAGUCCAUAGCAGUGGCCAUAGUUCACCACUCUGUAGAGAUGGAGUUGAAGAGGAAUCAGAAUGCUCUGGAGCACUGGCCGGUUGACGAACUUACCCUGGAGAGAAAAAAGUACACUUCCAACCGCUAAAUACUCUACGCAUUCAACGUCACACACGAAGAAAUUGACGUAUAUUACAGACGGGUCCACUGUUAAAGAAAACGCUGUUAAAGGGGCAUGCCCGGAUUUCAUUCUCUUGCAUACCCUGUUAAAAAUACUAGCCGAACACGACGACAGGAACUUCUGAUGUCUUCUCGUAUUUUGGGGCACGACACGCUGUUGUUACCCUGUCUGUCGUGUGGCUCUGUUGGGGCUUGUUGUGUUAACAGGUUUCUGUAGUGCCACAACCAAUUUCUCGUGUUUUUACAGGGACAGUUCUGUUGAGACAACACAUUUUUCAGCGCUACUAUAAACACUUGUAGUAAUUCAGCUCCCUGUUGUAACAACACACACGCAACAGAAUUCACUUUUAUUGUCACGACAAAAGAUAUCGAUUAUAGAACGGAAAAGUUCAUCGCUGCUCCGGGAAGCUGUAGCAACUACAGAUAAAUCUUGCUGUAGCAAGAGUGAUUUCUCUUGGCCUGAUGGAAAAUUAUGUUGUCUUUUUUUAACUGGGGAAGCAUAGUGGCUUGGAUUUCCAUAAGGUUACUGGUGGUUGACAGCUUCAACCAUUUUUGACAGACUAGUGUCGUGCACGGUCUUUGUUUACACACAAACUUGCAGUUAGGGCAGCAAUAUGAAGUGUGCACAUUCGAGUGUUCACUUUAACAGUGGACUGUACUGUACAUCAGUGACCUGAAGCAUCACUCCUUGAAAGCUGCUCGCAAAUAUCAGUAAUCCCAAACCGUAUCGGUCUCCCUGAGGGGUGCGUUUACGGCGCACCACUUCCACUGAUGUUCAAGUUAAAAACACUUCGGCAAAUAAAACUCAUCUCAUCCCGUGUACAUCAUAAACAAGAGGCUGCACUAUAAAUAACUGCACACAAACAGCCACACUCACAGAAACUCACUGGCAAACAAACGAGCUGGCAUACCAAACCAAGCUGGACAAAAGUCCACAUGUACAUCAAUUGACAUACAACAAUCGUCGUCACAUUAUCCAAGUUUGCACAUCUUUAUGGGUCACAUUACUAAAGAUGCCAAACUCGAGCCUCCGUUACAUCUCCCAUAGUACGGAUCUCUGCACAACAAAUUAGACAACGAGCGAAGAAGACGUCUGUCUUUGAUGUGGAGUACGCAAACGUGCAGUUUUUUUGCAGAUAUGAUCCCCAUCAACAUACUGCACAACAUUCAGCAGCACAUUAAGUAAUGCCACUACAAAUCCAGAGAAUAUGCUAAGGAAGAAUCUUUAUGUCAACAAUAUUAACGUUGUCGUCGCAUUUGCUGAAUUAUUCUGUGCCACUACGUCCCAACAAUGGCUUUCGUGCUUGUGUUCACCGUCGCUGUAUUCAACUGCUCUAAAGAAAAAUCCGCAUACUGUAUGCCGAAUAAAAGCUUUCGUUUAAGUUUUCAUAAA